AUGGCCAUUCUCUCCGCUUUAGUUUUAACCACUAUUGUGACCGUGGCUCGAGCCCGAUCUCUCGUCGUUGUAAACAAUUGCUCUGAAUCUGUUUUCUUGUACAUGAGCACUAGCUAUGGUUCUAUCGACACCAACGUCAACAUUGCUCAAGGCCAGAGUGCAAACCUAGGCAUUACCUCCAACUGGGAUGGCGCUAUCAACGUCAGUACUGGAUGCAACAGCGACGGUUCUACAUGUACUACUGGUGGGCCUACCUGGGAUGGUAACACUCCCUUCAGUAGAGCCGAAUUUAACUUUUACUUGCUCCCCGGAAGUGUGACAUAUGAUAUCUCGCUCAUCUAUGGGUAUAACGUUGGAAUGGAGAUUUCCUCAGCUGAUCCUAGUUGUGAUGCCUUCGCUUGCACGAUCUCAUCUGGCUGUCCCGUUCCUGGACCUGGAUCCGAUACGUGCUACUCCCCAUGCUGCUCCUCUGCGAGCGCGUGCAGCAACGGCACCCUUUCCGCUGGCGGAGGAGGCUGCCUUAACAACGAGGGCCCUGGCCCCAACAGUCCUUUCUACUAUGAAACUUGUUAUAAUGCCUACGCAUUCCCUGACAAUAACGGCGCGGAUGGCUAUGUUCCUAUUGACUUUGUCGUAUAUACUUGCGGGAACACCGAUAUCACUCUUACUCUGUGUCCUGGCAUAACUUCUCACUUCACCCAGUAG